AUGCUUCAGCCUCUCACCAGCAGCAGUGCGCCUGAGCCCCGCCCUGCACUGCCGCCCAUCUCCCUGGUGACAGCUCCCUCCCUGUCACCCCCAGACAGGGCUGCUCCUGGCCCCCCGGGGACCCCAACACCCACCCUCUCUUCGCUGCCUGGAGGAGUGCACAGGACUGCGGCCAAGGCGGCCGAGGAGGCGGGCCAUCUCCUGACCGCCCUUCGGUCUUGGCCUCAGGGCCCCCCCACCGCUCCCCUGAAGCCAGCUCUCCCCCUGAGAGUGCAGCCAGAGGCGCUGGGCCGGCCCUCUCGCCCAGGUGUGGGCACAGCCACGUUGCUGCUGAGAACAAGGGCUAAUUUCCACCAGCCCCUGUGCGGGGAGGAGGUGGACCAGGCUCUGCCGGGCAACAUUGGCCAUUGGCUCCCUCAAGCCAGCCCCUGGGGACACAGAGGAAGCAGAGGGGACGGGGAGAGGCAGGAGGCCACCGCCAGCACCCAACCCCUCCCGAACCCGGCGCCUGCAGCUGAGCAGACUCCCAGGGAUCCCGAGGAGGUGCUGGGCAAAGCCGGACCAACAGCCAGGGCAGCCACAGGCCAAGGGCCCCUCAAGCCCUCACACCACGCCCAGUUCACGUGCACGGCCUCCCUGGGCCCCCUUCAGGGGCCGUGGGAAGGGGGCUUGGGGGGCCACGGCCCGGGGGUCAAGCGCCUGCCCCAGUGCACAGACCAAGCUGCACAUCCACAGGCUGCUCCUCUGGAAGCUCAGGGCAGGUUUGUCCCAGCCAGGCCCCCAGCCUCCACGGCCCUGAGCACCGGCAGCCCCAAGGUGGGAGAAGAGGCCCCUGAGGCUCAGGGGGGCCUAGCACUGGCCACACUCCCACGGCCACUUGGGGAGGGGCCACCCCGCCCACACCAGCUCCUGGCCCCUGACCGGCUGGGGGCCCUUGCCCGGUGGCCCCCCGGGCAGCGCUGCCCAGCCAUCAGCUGUUCCAUCAACCUUGACCCAUCAGGAACACCCCAGGUGGGCCUCCCUUCUUCACCCCGGCCCUUGGGAGAGGGCCCCUCCAGAGGGCGCCCAGGAGAGGCCUGGCGCCCCUCACUGCCCCCCUACUUCCGCCCCACCAUCUCCAGCGGCUUCAUCUCCUGCACGGGCCAGUGCCUCACCCCCUGGCAGGCACCCCUGUCACAGGACUGCCCGGGACCCCCAGCAGCCCCAAACACCGUGGCCCCAAGCCCACGGCUGCGACUCCGGGACCCCAGGUCUCUGGCCUGGGCAGACUCGGUGGUCCCCGGGGCUGACUGGCGGCUCUCAGGUAGCCGGGAGGACAGGAGCUUGUUAUUUCAGAUGAGCAGAGCUGCCCCUGCCAGAGGCAAGACGGAUGAGGGUGAGGGCCUGGCUCAGGGACCCCUUCACCCUGCAGCCUUGUCCAGCCCCUCCUCCACGGCCUGUAAAGGCCCCUCGGAGCUGCCGCCUGCCCCGCCUCCCACCACCCUCCCAGCCGGUCCCGUGGGAGGAGGUGGGCUCUGGACCGAUCUGUCCAGCUCCCCUGGGGCAGGGCUGGUGCCCCGAGGCUGGCACCCUGUUGGGCACUCCCUCUUCCUUCCCACCGCCCGAAAUGUCAUGCAGCAAACAGCUCCCAGGCCGGGCCUCGAUCCUGCCCGGGUCCGCGGGUCUCAGUGGCCAUGGGGCCAGGGCUCCCAGCUGGUGUCCCCCAAGCCCAGCAGCAGCCCUUCUACUAUCACCAGCCCCCAGAGAGCAAAGGGCAAGCCCAGCUCAUCAGCAGGUCCUGUCUGCUCGGCCCCUCUCACACCUCCACCUGGGCGGCUGCCCUGGGACCAGAGUGUCCCAGCGCAGGCCCGGGCGGUGAAGCUGUCCUUGGUGUGGAGCCCCCAGGAAAGGAGCGUGUCUUUGGGGCAGCUCCCUCCGGCCGGGAGCCAUGCUGCGGGAGGGCCUGGGCUGCGGGUCCCAGCAGUCGUGGGAGUUGGGUGGGUGAAGCACGUGCUGAAGGGCGGCAGGGACCCUCCAACAUCCUUCCUAGUCUUCGGCCAGUCUCUUGAGAUUCAAGUCGGAUCAAGACCUCCCUUGUUGGGCCUCCCAGCCCGGGAGGCGGCAGCCACUUGCCUCAGGCCACGCCCCCUCCCGGCCGCCUGCGCCCGCUUCCCCAUCCCCCGAUCCCCGCACUCUCGGCUGCGCCUCGAAUUGCCCUCGUUCCUGCCUGCCUGUCGCCCUAGAGCACCAGGUGGACAGAGGCAGGGACAGCCGUCCGGCACCCCUCAGCGCCUAACCCAGGGCCUGAACGUGGGGAGCCGAGGCUGCGGAGGAGGCAUAGGGAAGGCGCCGAAGGAAGAGCACCCAGGGCUCUUCUGGAUAGUUCGGGGACCUCGACGCCCGGGCAGCGCGGUGCACGCCGUCCUGGACCGAGGGCCCCGCACAUCUGCCCCCUCGCCGCUCGCUGCCCCUCGCCGCUUGCUGCCGGCGCCGUGCGCUCCCCCUACGCCCCUUCCCGGCCGCUCGGCCCAUCGCGGUCUCGGCGCUCGCAGCCUGGCGCGCAUCUCCGCGCUGCGGGCCUCAGUUUCCCUGCCGCCCGCGGCCGCGAGGACCCGCGAGGACCCGCGAGGGGCUCAGGCCGGGCCGUUGGCGCAGCGGGGAGGCCGCGGAGUCCGAGGUCUGCGCCACAUCGACCUCCACGCCGGCACGCGGGACGCGAAGGGCCUCCUGGGAACCGGCUGGGAGAGGUCGGGCUGGAGCCCCGCCAGGGACAGUGAAGCAGGACUGAGUGCCCUCUGCGACCGCCGUGUCGGAGGCCGGGGACAGCUGGCGGUCCGAUCCCACUUGGCCACCGCCGCCUCCAGGUCCCAUCCUCUCCAAAGACGCCCCCAGUCUCGGCCGGCCGGCCAACCCCGCACGAGUGCGCAACCCCAGGGCGCAAACAGUUCCGGGUGGGCCCCCAACGACGCUCCCCCUGCAAGCCCCACCCUCAGCACGGCACCGGCUGCCCCCCUUGCCCGGGGAUCUCUCGGGGUCUUCCCCGUGUCCACCCGUCUGUCCAGCGCGGAUGGCGGCCCGGCUCUGGGUGGUCAGAGGAAGGCCCAGGCACUGUCCAGACACUGCCGUCAGGUGCCCGAACCGCCGUCCCAGGACGGGCUGGAGACCUGUGACAAACUGUCAUGA